AUGUCCCGUUCAUAACAUAUGAAGAAUUCUUGCAAAGAAACAUAGGAAUGCUGUAAAAAAAAGGAUAUUUUUAAGGGAUAAGUACGUUAUAAGUAUAAUCUUUCUAGACGUAAACAAAAUAUUGAAUAACUACGCGAUUUGAAACAAGUGGCAAACAUCGAGGAUUUCGCAAAGUUUAUUUUUUUGUUGAUUCUCAACAUUUUUUUCUCAAGCUACAGUCAAACUUGUGAAUAAAGGACAUCAAAGGACAUACCUUACAUAGUCUUUAUAGGCAAGUGGUCUUUAUUCGUAGUGUAUUUAAUUGUAUUUUUAUCAAUGAAGGUUUGUCAAAAAGUGGUCUUCAUUGAAGGGUAGUUUUUAUUCGGAGGUGUCUUUAACACAGGUUUAACUGUACACUCCAAGAACUCCAACGAUCAAAAUGAUGUAAAGUAUUCAAGUGUAUAAAGUCUUAUAUUUGUUUGUCUGUGGAUUGAAAAAUAAUUGUUUAUAUUGUAAAUACCUAGAAUGAAAGAAAAUUGUCUAUUUUAUUGAAAGCAAAUGAUCAUGUGUGAUAUCGUUGCAAAACCUACUAAAAUAGCAUUUAAGCCGUGCCAUGACAAAACCAACAUAGUGCGUUUGCGACCAGCAUGGAUCCAGACCAGCCUGCGCAUCUGCGCAGUCUGAUCAGGAUCCAUGCUGUUCGCUAUCAGUUUCUCUACUUGUUAUAGGGUUUGUAAGCGAACAGCAUGGAUCCUGAUCAGACUGCGCGGAUUAUGUUGGUUUUGUCGUGACGCGGCUCAUUUAUUAUGUUAUCUUACAGUACUCUUGUAUAUUAAAUAACAUAGAAAUUUGUUUGUUACAAAUCUUUAAAGAAAUAACUAUAAGGCUAUGAAAACAACUUAAUUUUAAUGUUUUUAUCUAAUAAAAUAUUAUACCAGGUAUAGCUUUAUACACUUAAGGCUCUAUUAGCAUGUCUUUUUUACCGACAGCUCGAUAGUAUAUAUUACUUUAUUUACAGUUUCAAGUGCAAUGGCAGCCUGACAUGCAACGAAGUUGUGAUGAAGAUGCGAACAUUAUAUGUUAUAAUUAUAUGAUAAACCGAAAAUAGCAACACAUUACAUGAAAACUUGUUCAAUUCUUCAAAGAAUUUAAAAGAAGUUAAAUGCAACAAUGGUGUACGACAUUUUAUUUCAAACCACACCUCUUCAAAUUGUGUUCAUCAUAUUAUACAUUAUAGUAUUUCUGGUUGGAAUUAGCGGUAACUUGCUAGUCGUUUUUGUUGUCCUUCGAAAGAAGGCAAUGCACAGUAUAACAAACAUAUAUAUAGCUAAUCUAGCUUCAUCUGAUAUAAUGAUGGGCUUAUUUGCUAUUCCUUUUACGCCUUUGCCUUUUUUUAUGGAAUCAUGGAUUUUUGGAGAGUUUUUAUGUGCUUUAUUGCCUAUGACGAUGUGUAUAUUAGUAUACGUGUCAACUCUUUCAUGUACAGUCAUAGCCGUGCUCAGAUAUUUUGCCAUUGUUUACCCUCUUAAACCAAAAAUAGGACGAUGUACGUGUUUCGUUAUCGUAGUUUUCAUUUGGUGUUUGUCCAGCGCAAUUUCAUGGCCUUUGGGAUACUACAGCAAAACAAAAAUUGUGAAUGAUACUGUUAUAUGUGAAGAAAAAUGGCCGAAAAGGCAAGCACAGCUAUCCUUUACUUUUACAAACAUGGUACUUCAGUAUUUGAUACCAUGCAGUAUAAUAAUAUACUGUUACGUGAAGAUUUCACUGGCAUUGGACAGACGUUCAAAGUCUGACAUUGUAAGGAAUAGCACAGAUUCUGAACGCGAACAAAGAGAAAUACAAAGGAAACGCCGGACUAACAAAAUGAUGAUUUAUGUUGUUACGAUAUUUGUCGUCUGCUGGAUGCCAUUAAAUCUGUUUCUUAUCAUACAAGAAUUACAUCAGACAUUUAAAUAUUCCCCGUACUAUAGCCUGAUUUUCUUCAUAGCCCACCUAGUCGCUAUGAGUUCUACAAUAUAUAAUCCAUUUAUAUACGCAUCCAUGAGCGAAAAAUUCAGGACUGAAUUUAAAGAUUUACUGAGCUACUGUCUGUGUUGUAAAUAAAAAUCCGAUUGAUAUGUAUAUUAUAGGAUGGACUUUUAAUUUAGUGCCACGUAAUUUAGGAUUUAUAAUCAAAAGUUUAUUAUUUCAUGUAAGUAAACUGUGUCAUACAUUUCAUAUAGUUAUUAACUUUUUUCAUAUCCAUACAAAAUGACACUUCUUUAACGAAAGAACGGAAUGAAUACACAUUUAUUUGUAAGAAUUUCUUUUUUUUUAUCUCUUUUAUUUUCUGCUCUUAUGUCAUUAUGGUUGAUGCCUGGAAACUUCUAGAUAACACAAAAUAUUCAUAAAAUGGAUCAAUCAAAUACAUUUGAGUCGACUAUAAUCUUUAUAAAUUCUAUCUAACAGAGCUUGCAACCCUCAUAUUGGCAGUAUCUGGAAAAAAGCAACAACAAAACAUUAACAAAAAAGAUACUAAAGCUUGUUCAAAAUACUUCAUAUAUGUAACAUAUUUUAUUGAUUGGUUUAUGCUAACUGAUGCAAGCAAACUUGCAGAUAGAUUCCAGAUAAUGGCAAACCUGAAAGAAAUCAAGACACGGAAACCCGAAAAAGUUCAAAGUAGUUUCUAUUGGAAAAAAGAAAACAAGUCAAUCGAAAUUGAAUAAAAUGAAAUAAAAUCCUACGUUAAAAAGAAGCAAUAUUGAAAUCAAUCGCAUCAUGAUAUUUUCGAUAAAAAAGGAAAACUUGUUAUUAAGGUAUUAAAGUGUGUUAUAUGUUAGAAUAAUAUUAAUUGCGUAAAUAAAACACAAUGAGUCACUCAAAGCUAUA